AUGGCGUCUAUAUUGAAAUCGUUUUUGGAUUGGCUCAGAAGUUUAUUUUUUAAGACGGAACUAGAGCUUACUCUGGUUGGUUUGCAGAACAGUGGUAAAACUACAUUGGUCAACGUUAUUGCGUCUGGUCAAUUCAGUGAGGACAUGAUUCCAACAGUAGGUUUUAACAUGCGUAAAGUCACGAAAGGAAAUGUCACCAUGAAGUUAUGGGACAUUGGUGGGCAACCACGCUUCCGAAGUAUGUGGGAACGAUAUUGUCGUGGUGUAAACGCUAUUGUAUUUGUAAUUGACUCUGCAGAUCAUGAGAAAUUAGAGGCAGCAAGGACCGAAUUACGCAGUCUUUUGGAAAAACCUCAACUUGCAAACAUUCCAGUUCUAGUUUUGGGCAAUAAGAAUGACUUGGAUGGAGCAUUGCCAGUUGAAAGGAUCAUUGAAGAAAUGAAUUUAAAAUCCAUCAAUAAUCGAGAGGUUUCUUGUUAUUCGAUCUCUGCAAAGAAUCAAGUAAAUAUUGAUAUAACUUUACAGUGGUUGAUUAGGAAGGGCAAAGGAUCAAAAUAA